AUGACAUCGAUGAAUCCCAUCUAUCUUGAACCCCAUAUUCCCGAUCCAAAUAACCCUCGAAGAAAGUCGCGAAAUGAUGCGGCGACCGGAGCAUCCGCUGCGGGUGUACGCGCGCUGAGUGCGCAGAUGGUGGCCUUCUACUUCAGAGCACCUAUCAAAGCCUUUUUCCGCACUCGAGUUGAUUAUAUGGCUUUUGCAAGGGCUGUCAAUCCUCGUGUUGCUGAGGGAAAAUGGUCAUUACAUACUACAACUCCGGGGUUAUUGCUUCAUGCUGUUCGAACAUAUGGGUGGCAGUUUAUUCCGAAUCAAGUCUUACCGCCUCUACUGGCGAAUGCAGGAGUUGGUGCCGUUCUCUACACGUCUUACCUUCAGGUGCUCGGAGCCCUCCAUGAACCUAUCUCCCAGGGGCAAAAACGUGUUUGGCCUCCUCCUACUCCUCUAGCAACCUUUACAGCUGGGUUUACAGCAGGCACAAUCCAGUCUCUUAUUGCAGCACCUCUAGAUGCCCUACAGGUCCGCCUACAGAUCAGCGACAUGCUGGAAGGACAGUAUAGAAGCAUGUGGCACUACGGGCACCACAAACUUAACCAGAUCGGCCUUCGGGGAGUCUUUGCUGGCUGGGGUCUCUCCUUUCUGCGGGACGCGUUCGGAUAUGCCGUCUUCUUCUCGUCAUUCGAGUAUAUCAAGUCACAGUCAUAUUACUCUUUCAUCACGUGGUAUUAUGGAUCCUUGCACCCUGCGCACCUGGAAAGUCUCCCAUCACCUGGGUCUAGUGACCGGGGUGUGCCUCUUAUCAAGCCCCACUAUGCACUUGAACCGUGCUUUCUCAUGCUGGCUGGAGCGGUAGCAUCUGUGGCCCAACAAGCCAUUCAGCAUCCGUUGAGUCGGAUUCAGGCGCUUCAUCUCGGCCGGCUAGAGUAUCUCGAUCAUCAAGCAAGUCUCGAUCCAUCACGGCAGCAGAUGUUGAGGCUCUAUUACCACGCCUAUCAAGAGACAUGGAAGCGAUGCCGACGUAAGGCUGCGCGAGCUGGAGGUCUGAUGCGGUGGCUGUUCCAAGGGUUUGUGAGCAGCUCAAUCCGGCAGGUUCCCAGUACAAGUGCGGGCCUGGUCAUAUUUGAGCUUGUCCGUCGUCGAUAUGCGAGUAUGGCAGAUGCUGUGCACAUCCAGAAGGGCCGUGGCCUGCGUAAGAAAGAACUCGGCUCUCUUAUAUCUCAGGCUUCCUGGGAAGCCUCCAUCGUCAUCAUUCCGCCUUCAAAGAUUCCACCUACCCCACGCGCCAUCCCUCUUCGAUCACUUUCAAAAUCUCCAGACUCUAUCAGUAAAAAGGGUAGACGUUCAUCUGUUGCUCGCUCCACCGAGUCGGAUUUCUCUAUCUGGUCAGAUACCGGUGACCUCGCCGAGCAGCUCGCUGAAGAGGUUCCGCUUCAACCUCAACUCCACGAGUCCUCUAAUCGAGAACUAUUGGGACAAUCCCAGCGGAGCCCCUCUAAGCGAGUUCACUAUCCACCAGAUUUAGAGUACGACCAUUUGGUCAAGGAAAAAAUCCAAAUACCAACACCCACGCCGCGACGAAUAUCCAGAGCGGAACGUAUCAUAGCCACCAUCAUGUCCCCCGGUAAUGGGCAAAAUGCCCAAAUCCAUGGCCUGGUGGGCAAACCAUUACUCUACUUUACAAGCGUCUUUGUAUCUUUAGGUGUCUUUCUCUUCGGUUAUGAUCAAGGAGUCAUGUCUGGAAUUAUCACUGGUUGGUAUUUUUAUGAUUACUUCGGUCAGCCCUCGCGAGCCACCAUUGGCACAGUCGUGGCAAUCCUAGAGGUCGGAGCCUUUGUAAGCUCGCUUCUGGUAGGUCGCAUCGGCGACCUUAUCGGCCGUCGAAGAACUAUCCUUUAUGGAUCCUUCGUCUUUUUCAUCGGUGGUGGUCUCCAAUCUUUUGCGAUCAGCAUGCCGAUGAUGAUGGUAGGGCGAAUUAUUGCUGGUCUCGGUGUUGGAGCUUUGUCGACAAUCGUGCCUGUUUACCAGUCUGAGAUAUCGCCUCCACACAACCGCGGCAAAUUGGCUUGCAUUGAAUUCACUGGGAAUAUCGCCGGGUAUGCAACUAGCGUUUGGGUCGACUACAUCUGUAGUUACAUCGAGUCUGACUUUUCAUGGCGUCUACCACUUCUAUGCCAGUGCGUCAUGGGAGCUGCUCUUGGGAUUGGAAGCCUGAUCAUUUGCGAGUCCCCCAGGUGGCUUCUAGAUAAUGAUCAUGACGAGGAAGGUAUGGUGGUGAUUGCUAAUCUAUAUGGCGAGGGUGACCUUCACAAUGACAAGGCCCGACAAGAGUACCGAGAGAUCAAGAUGAACGUUCUCCUUCAGCGACAGGAAGGCGAAAGAUCCUACAGCGACAUGUUCCGCCGUUAUAAAAAGAGAGUGUUGAUUGCCAUGUCGGCCCAGGCAUUGGCUCAACUGAAUGGGAUCAAUGUCAUUUCAUACUACGCUCCCCUUGUAUUCGAGUCAGCCGGCUGGGCUGGUCGGGAUGCAAUUCUCAUGACGGGCAUCAAUGGUAUCACCUAUUUACUCUCUACGAUACCACCGUGGUAUAUUGUGGACCGCUGGGGCCGGCGGCCGAUUCUUCUUUCGGGAGCCAUCGCCAUGUUGAUUUCCCUAUCUUUGAUCUCCUACUUCAUUUAUAUUGAAAUUGCUGCUACUCCGAUGCUCACUGUCAUAUUUGUCAUGAUUUACAAUGCGUCAUUUGGAGCAUCAUGGGGCCCAAUUCCCUGGUUAUACCCGCCUGAGAUUUUACCCUUGAGCAUCCGUGCCAAGGGAGCCAGUUUGAGCACUGCUUCUAACUGGGCCUUUAACUGGCUUGUUGGUGAAGUAACACCUGUACUUCAAAAUGCGAUUAAGUGGCGUCUGUACUUGGUACAUGCCUUUUUCUGCGCAUGUAGUUUUGUUGUUGUGUACUUCUUGUAUCCCGAGACUAGUGGUGUCCGACUGGAGGAUAUGAAUGUUCUGUUUGGAGAUGCAACAACUGCGAUGCCCACUCCAGCAACGGAUGGCGAGCGUGGAUCUCUCAUGGGUGCUGGCUCACCCAUUCCAUCCCUUGAUAUUCGUCGGCAGUAUGGUCAAUUUGGUAAUGAAAGUGCCAUCCCAGGUCUCGACAUAGACCCACCGCUUUUGAACCAAGAUCACGAUGGGCCCAACAAACCUGGACUCUCCAGUUCUCAACAGGGUAGCUCUCGAGGAGAAGGGUUUGGUGGCUGGAUAUCCAAAAUGGUCAACCGACAACAAGCCGGUUCUACAUCCCAAAGUUACAGCCGUCUUGAGCAGGGUGAUCAGGUAGAUGACGAAUAG